AUGGACAAGGAACAAGUUGAAUGGGCCAAAGAAGCGACUGAUAUCGAGGGAAAUGUUCAACAAAAAGAUAUGGCUGGCAAUCAGAGCGCUCCCAGGCUCACGGAUUGGAAGUUUGUGAUGGUCAUCAUUGGAUUGGGAAUGGCAUCCUUGGGUUCCCAAGUCCAGCCUUUCGUGUUCGCAGCCAUCACACCCCUUGUCUCUGCCAGCUUCAAUGCAUCAAGCCUGCUCAUCUGGUUCUUCACAACUCAAAUAGUCUCUUGUGGCGUAAUCUCUCCAUUUGCCGGACCCCUGGCAGGCAUGUUUGGCCGCAAAAGAAUCACUCCGGCCGACAUUGCAUCCUCAAUGAUCGCAGUGAUUGUCUGCGCGUCCACGCCCACAGCGGGUGGCUAUACAGCUGGCCAAGUUCUUGCCGGAGUGGGAAUUGCAGUGCAAGAGCUUAUGGCUAUUGCAGCUAUCACUGAAAUUGUACCGAUCAAAUACAGAGGAUACUACACUGCUAUGGUCGUAGCGGCAUUUUUACCCUUCGCCCCGGUAUCGCUCUACGGGGAGCUGAUUUCAAGAACCAACUGGCGAUAUUGUGCUUGCAUGAUUGCAGUCUGGAAUUUCUUGAUUUUUAUUAUCGUCUUCCUAUUCUACAGGCCCCCGCCUCGGCCAAACUCAGCGAACUUGACUUGGUUCCAGAAAGUUAAGCGGAUCGACUUUCUGGGCGGAUUUCUCAUGGCCUGUGGAACGGUCCUUUUUCUUGUCGGGUUUAACUGGGGUGGUCAAGCGUACCCCUGGCACUCUCCCCGAGUUAUUGCUUUUCUUAAGAUUGGUCUCGCGUCCGGCGUACUCCUCUUUCUUUAUGAGAUCUUUCUGGCUCCUCAUCCGAUGCUCCCGCGUCGACUGCUACAGCAUCCUCGGACAUUCACUGCUUUAAUGCUGGUUAUCCUCUUUUCUGGCAUUAACUAUGUAUCAAUUCUUGUGUUCUGGGUCCUGGAGGCCGUUGGUGUCUAUAAUUCUGAUGAAACAGAACUGGGCAUCAGAACAUUACCCUUCGGGUUCUGUAUCAUGGGUGGAGCCAUCAUCUCUGCCCUUAUGGUUUCUGCUUUCAAAGGCCAUUUACGAUGGAUCAUGAGCUUUUUCUGCAUAAUCCAAGCUAUCGGAUUCGGCUUAAUCGUGUUCAGCAUUCUGACGAUACAAUCCACAGCCAUAUCCUGCAUGGUUGCAGUAGACACCCACAACAUAAACAUUGUUUGGGCCCCAUUAGUUCUGUCCCUGAUCGCCGUUGGCGGCGUCUUGAUUCCCAACCAGCUCAUCAUGACAGUCAUCUGUCCAGAUGAUCUAAUUGCGACAGGGACCUGUCUUACCCUUAUCGGCACAAGCAUCUUUUACACUCAGUUUGUUUCCGUGCUCACGCAUAACACAUACGAGUAUGUUGUUCCCGUUGCGAUUGAGACCGGAAUAACCGACUUUGACGUACUGGAGACUAUGAUGCCCACCCUUCUGGAAACGCCAUGGAAGGAAUGGGCCCUGAGUGUUUCUGCCCUCAACACGGCCGAGAAACUGAAUAUGCUACAUGAUGCUGUUAUCAAUGCCUUUGCUCCAGCAUUUGCGCGAGUUUGGUAUAUAUCGAUUGCGUUUGGAGUGGCAGCGGUGAUUGCGAGUGGUUUUAUUGAGGAUUUGACAAACUUGAUGGAUGAGCAUAUUGCGGUAAACUACUUUUGA